AUGUAUGUUCUCAAUCGCCAAGCCUCCUGUCCCAAGCUGACGACUCACUGCUCAGAUAUCCAAGAAGUCCGUCGUUGCAACCGGCUGGAGAUGCCUGACAACUUAAACACAUUUGUUUUAAAGGUUAAUCGAGGUAGUCUGAUUUUUGAGACGGACAACGACCAGCUGGUCAGCUCCUGGACCACAGAGCUAAAAGAAUGUAUCAGCAACAGGUCAGGCAGUGUGGAUCUGGAGCCUCUCCCCCCCCCAUCAGACAGCUCGGCUCCAGCCAGUCACAGAGGGAGCUCAGAGUUAGGGAGUCAAAGCCCCGUCACCUUCUCCUUGCCUGAGCAGGUCGUGCAGAAGGCCGACCACUUCCUGUUCUCCUACCCAUGGUUCCACGGGCCCAUCUCCAGGGUCAAGGCGGCCCACCUGGUGCAGAGCUCCGGCCCGGAGGGUCACGGGGUGUUUCUGGUCCGUCAGAGCGAGACACGGAGAGGAGACUACGUCCUCACCUUCAACUACCAGGGGAAGGCCAAGCACCUGCGCCUCUCCCUGACAGAGUGGGGUCAGUGCAGGGUCCAGCACCUGCGCUUCCCCUCUGUGAUGGACAUGCUCAGUCACUUCCGCCUCUUCCCCAUCCCGCUGGAGUGCGGAGCCGCCGGCGCCGUCACUCUGUCCAGCUUCGUGGUGGCGGGCUCCAGCCCCCCGUCACAGGGCCAGCUCUCGGGCGCCCUCCUGGUCCCGUUCUCUCUGCACCGCUGGAGCUCCGAGCCCAGCCUGGCUCACUGCAGCCAGCCGCGCUCCUCCUGCUCUCCCAGCCCCCGGGCCGCCGCCCAGCCCCCGGGCCGCCACUCCACCCGCAUCAACCCCGCCCCGGACCCUCCUCCGUCAGCCCCGGCUCUGCUUCUCCGGAGUGAAUCUGUGGGGAGGAGACCCCUGCUCCGCCACCCCCACCUCCCUCAGCGGGACUCAGACUACGAGCUGGAGCCAGAGCGGGGGCGCAAGAGGGCGAUAGACAACCAGUACAUGUUGCUCUGACAACCAGUACAUGUUGCUCUGACAACCAGUACAUGUUGCUCUGACAACCGCCAACAGCUCCGCCGCCACGACAGAUUAUUCUUACCGGACAUUUUGACUGGCAGGUUUUGAAUUUACCGUUUUUAAAUACCAGCUAAAAACCGGUAACUACCGGCUAACGGAAACUCUGAUACACACAUCUGAUCCCCCCCCACCCGGCUGCACAUGUCAUGUGUGAGACUCUCAGAGAGCGCAGGAUGCCCACAGCAGACUCUUUGCUGAGCUUCAAGACUUUGUCUGAUGUCAACACACACACACACACACACACACACACACACACACACACACACACACACACACACACACACACACACACACACACACACACACACACACACACACACACACACACAAGGUCUGUGCUGGCAGUGUGCUUACCAGUGUCUGACCCUCACAGCCUCCACCCAGUGUCCACAGUGAAUGUAUUUUUGGGAGUUUUAUAAAAGUGCCGAGUAUUAUGACUAUUCUCGUUUUCUUGAUGUUGAGGUUCAGUGUGAGAGCGGUGGGGGGGUGGGGGGCACAUGUGUAGCUGUCCCCCAGCUCAUUCCACACACAGAGCUUUGUGUACAAACACAGAAAUGAGAAAGCACUCUCAUUUCAGAGUGCCUACAUGUUAUAUUAGAUAUUCCUCUUUUUGCGCAUUAUUUCAUAUUUAAGUGCACAACGCUUUCAGUGCACUUUGACAACAAUGUGUAUUUUGUAUACACAGAUUCUUUUAUAGAAAAAAAUAAAAAAAACAUUAAAAAGGGGAAAAGUCAGGUGGGAAGCUGUUACUUUGAAGUGCUUCCAUCACUUCAGCCCGUCGCUGAGGCAGAGACAGAACCAGGAAUUAUUCUACAUCAACUUUCAUCAGCACUGCUUUUAUUGUGUGUUCAUGUGGGAGGAGUCGAGGUGUCCAUCAGCACUGAUCUGGAGUCUGUCCCAAUACUCACUGCUAGGUUUGCCAAAAUACCAUCUGUAGUGUCACAUGUUACAUGUCCAGCACCAAGGCCUUGUGUACGCAGCAUUAUCUUCUGAGUAAGCACAAAGUGUCACAUGGUCUCACAGAGAUAAGUCCUGCCACAAAAAGUACAUUUAAUGAUAUAAAUACAAUAAUAUAAUUUAUAUAUUUUUUUCUAUAACCCUGUAUUAAUUUGAUGAAUUCAAACACUUGAUACAAAGUUAUCUUUUAUGAUAUUUCAUUUUUACAAUGGUGGGAGAGGAGCCAUCAGGAGAAGAGUAAUCCAUCUCUGUUCCUUAUCUUUUCUCCUGACGGCAACACGAUGUGGCCAAAAUAUUUGUGUAAUAUAAUAGAAUUGUAGUAUAUUAUUUGGCACAACGCACCCUCCACUCUUACUCAAAAUACAUUUAACUAAAAGUGUUACGAAUUAUUAAUGAGGCUCAAUAAGUAUUCUGCCCCUCCAAAAUGAACCUUGGCACUCCCAAGGUAUCUUUUUUGAUUUGGAAAAAUGCGCCCCAAAUAAAACAUCAACUUGAAAAGCUUCACUCCACAGAGCGGGAAAGUUGGAAACACUCCGCAAGAUCAAAACAGAGAGUUAAUCCUCCACCAUCAGAGCCCAUUUCUAUCAGAUGAGUCCCACAUUCAGAACAAAUGAAACAGACUGCAGGUCAGAUAUUAUCUCAGCUAACAUGCUAACAUUAAUCUCACUUUAAAGCAGCUAACGCGAUGCAGCUCCUGUCAUAUUGCCUCUGUCGAUUUUAACAUUUAUUUUCUUACAACUUUCUAAGGCAAAUCUUGAUUCUUGGGCGAGUUUCCAACUCUAUUUUUUUACACUCAUAGCAUUAAAUAUUUUUCCUAGUAUUUUUCUGUACCAGUUCAAAACGGCAGCAGGCGGAUAAACACGAUAUUUUUAUACACGUUUUAAUAAAAGUGGUUUCAGUGAGGGAGGUUUGGUUUCAGCUCAGGUGUGCAUUGUAUUGUCAAGAGCUGACAUACUACAUUUUUAUUUAAAGGAAUCCAAAAGAUGAAGUGGUUACCAAAGCAAACAGCUGAUUUUCUUAGUGACCCAUUGGUUUAUCUCAGUGUGUCCGUCUUGAGAUCAACCUUUGUAGAUCAGUUUCAGUUACCUGUUGUCUCUCCUCUCAAAAAACACAAAAAUAUCCCAUAAACAGUGAGCAGUCGUUUUGACACACACCAAAAAUGUUCUGUAAUUUGGUUUCAACACCUGAAGCUUCACUUCCUUUAGCGACGGGAUGCUUUAGGGAAAUAUGUUGUCUGUUUUCUAACCUUGCUUUAACACUAACUUUAGCAGUUGUUUAAGAUGUACCUUCAGUGAACGUAUGCCUAAUGUGUGGGUAAGACCCAUCUUAUCUGCCCUUCUUCUCAGUGUAGUUUCCUUUCCUUAAAGAAGAGAAAUGCCUAAAUGCAACCACAUUUCCUCAUGAACACAACCGCAAUAGGUCAGCUUCGUCUACCAAAGGAACAUUUUGGCAAUGGUUUUGUAGUUCUCUUAUAUGUAUCAUCUUGAUCAAGACUGACAUAUUUUAAGUGUUUAUAAGGGGAACAAAAACAAGGAUGUUUUUGGCAAAAGUACGGUUGAUCUUCCUGCCUCUAUGUGCCCAAGUCUAAACAAAUCCCUCAUCACCUCUCUGUUUUAUCUCUGAUAAAGGAAAGCAACGGUAACAAUAACUAUUUUGACUAUCAGUCCCCUCUAUUUGCUGAUAUUUUUUUUAUUCUAAAGGAAGAAUGACUGUGCCUUUGCCAGAAAGCUGCUGUUGCUUUCCCCUUUUGUGAAAGCUCAGGGUGUGAUGUGGGGCAGAACUUGUGUAGUGCAAUAUCUGAGACGCCCAAUGUUUCACACCUUUGUAUGUAUGAAAGACGAGAUCAGAGAUGACUGGAUUAAGAAUUCAAUGUUUGCACCUGCUUAUAGACUGAGGAGAACAUAUUAGAUAAAUGCCAAAGUCCCAGAAAGAAAUGCUAUAUUUAAAACCAGGACUACCGCAUGUUUCUACCGUUUUUUGGCUUUUCCUUCUGUGUCAUGGUUUAAUUCAAUUUGUCUGCAAGAAUCGAGUUAGCACUUACAACAAUCAUGGUGUACCUCAGGUGUCUUUAAUCCUCAACAUGCGCUCCAGCAACACCUCUACUCUCUCCGGUGUUUGUUUUCAAAUGUCCAGUUGUGUCCUCAAUACUGUUUGUUAACUCAGCACUGUAAACAUUCCAGCCCUAAAGCCCCCCCCCCCUCCCCCACAGCCACAACAGCUUUUCUGUCAAUGUGUUUGCAUCCCUUUCAGUUAUAAGCAUCUAAAUUAUAUUAAAUAUAUAUAUCAACUGUAUAUUUGACUUUUUGUAAAAUAAACCUAACCAUAAAAAGAC